CCGGGAGACCUGAACAUGGCCUCCAUGAAUUUCAGCACCCCCGAGUACCCCGACUAUGGCACUGCCACCCUGGACCCCAACAUAUUUGUGGAUGAGUCUCUCAACACCCCCAAGCUGUCGGUCCCGGAUAUGAUCGCCCUGGUAAUCUUCGUGAUGGUCUUUCUGGUGGGGGUGCCAGGCAACUUCCUGGUGGUCUGGGUGACGGGUUUCGAGGUCCGGCGAACCAUCAAUGCCAUCUGGUUUCUCAACCUGGCGGUGGCCGAUCUCCUGUCCUGCCUGGCGCUGCCCAUCCUGUUUUCGUCCAUCGUCCAGCAGGGCUACUGGCCCUUUGGCAACGCUGCCUGCCGCAUCCUGCCCUCGCUCAUCCUGCUCAACAUGUACGCCAGCAUCUUGCUCCUGACCACCAUCAGCGCCGACCGCUUUGUCUUGGUGUUUAAUCCCAUCUGGUGCCAGAACUACCGAGGGCCCCAGCUGGCCUGGGCGGCCUGCAGCGUGGCCUGGGCCGUGGCCCUGCUGCUGACCGUACCCUCGUUCAUCUUCCGCGGGGUGCACACGGAGUACUUUCCGUUCUGGAUGACGUGCGGCGUGGACUACAGCGGGGUCGGGGUCCUGGUGGAGAGGGGCGUGGCCAUCCUCCGGCUGCUCAUGGGCUUCCUGGGGCCGCUGGUGAUACUGAGCAUCUGCUACACCUUCCUCCUGAUUCGGACCUGGAGCCGGAAGGCCACCCGCUCCACCAAGACGCUCAAGGUGGUGGUGGCCGUGGUGGUCAGCUUCUUUGUCCUCUGGCUGCCCUACCAGGUGACGGGGAUGAUGAUGGCUUUGUUCUACAAGCACUCGGAAAGCUUCAGACGCGUGUCCCGCCUGGACUCGCUGUGCGUGGCCGUGGCUUACAUCAACUGCUGCAUAAACCCCAUCAUCUACGUGGUGGCCGCCCAGGGGUUCCACAGCCGCUUCCUCAAGUCGCUGCCCGCCAGGCUCCGGCAGGUGCUGGCCGAGGAGUCCGUGGGCCGGGACAGCAAGUCUAUCACGCUCUCCACGGUGGACACCCCAGCGCAGAAGAGCCAGGGGGUGUGAGGGGGGCCUCCCGGCUUCCUCCUCCCACCUGUCCCUUCCCCCUCUGCUGAUUUUAACCCAGCCCCUGGUGGGGAGCUGGCCUGCGAGCGAACUCCCCUCCAUUCCUUCCUUCUUCCCCGCACCCGUCCUCCCUCACUUCCAGGAUGAACGCGUCCCUCUGGGACCCUCAACUUUCCUUUUCCAUCUGAGGACUUUGGGAAACAAGCAGAAACCAGGAUUACUCGGAGCACCUCCCGAAUAGCCCUAUGUCUGCUGCAGGUGGAGAUUGUGCAUGGGACACAGUCGAUACAUAGAAAAGAGACAAAUAGGAACAUUCUAACCUUGGGGUGCCUGGGUGGCUCGGUUAAGCAUCUGCCUUAGGCUCAGGUCAUGAUCCCAGGGUCCUGGGUUCGAGUCCUGCGUCGGGCUCCCCGCAGGGAGCCUGCUUCUCUGUCUGCCUGUGUCUCUGCAUCUCUCUCUGUGUCUCUCAUGAAUAAAUAAAUAGAAAUAUUUAAAAAAAUGAAUGAAUACAAUCUUAAAGAAAAAGAAAGAAACAGUCUAACCUUUAAAAAAAUGGUGAUGUGUUUAUUUUACAGAGACCUGGGGGAAAAAAAACCUAAGGAGCAUCUCAAAAAGUAUUCUUGUGACAGACAAAGCAAAAUUCACUGGCUAAGCUUUUCUUUUCUUUUCUUUUUCUUUUUUUUUUUUUUUUUGGCUAAGCUUUUCUGAGUUGAUUAAAAAAAAAAAAACAGUAAGUGAAGGUCUUACUAAUCGGGUUUUGAGAAAACAUAUUCAGUAAAAAGAUGUUCAAUGGAUUUGGCGAAAAGCAAGUGUGAGGACGGAGUGCCGAAGGGAGAGGCUGGGAAACAUUGGUUAGGCACCUCGGGGGAAGGCGCUCAUGGGGAAAUUUGACUUUUGACUUUGUAAACUGCUGUUUUGUG